UUUGGGGAAGAGCCUGGUGACGAGCUGCACUUCCUCAAAAACACUGGGACUUGACGAACUUUACACCGCAGGACGUUUAUUGUCCCACCUUUGAAACUCAACGCGAGAUAAUAUUUAACUGCAAAGCCAGCGUCGCAUAACUUUAGAGCCUCUGGAUGCAGUGGAACCCAGUGGAUCGAUGGAGCUGUGAUUAGGAGGGCUACUGGUUCACAUCCCCAAACCAAGAGAGAAAAUGGGCUCCAUCGCCAAAGUGCUGCUGGGACUUUUUGGAUUAGCGAUCGUCGUCAUUCUAAUCGCGGUGCCCACGACCUUGUUACUGAAAAAGGAGCAGGGGGGCGACGGCAACGAGAGGUCCUUCACCUUGGAGGACGUCUUCAACAGCUCACUGAAACCAGCGGGCUACAGCAUGAGGUGGAUCUCAGAUGAGGAAUAUCUGCAGAAGUCCGCGGGCUCGGUCUUCCUCCACAAUGUGGUCAGUGGAGAGCGUGAGGAGUUCCUGAGCAGAGACAACUUUACGGCGAAGAAAGCGUACGACUACAAGCUGUCUGCCGACCGCAAACAUGUUGCUUUCAUGAGCAACUACUCCAAGCUGUGGAGACAUUCGUUUACAGCCUCAUAUUCGCUGUAUGACCGGGUUCUGAACAAAUUUGUCACACCCUCCGACAUUCCUGAUGAGGUGCAGUUCUUUGCCUGGGCGCCCAAAGGGAACAAACUGGCCUUUGUUUGGAACAAUGACGUGUACGUAAAGACCAGCCCCGGCUCCGCCCCACAGCGGGUCACAGUCAACGGCAAGGAGAAUCAGAUUCUAAAUGGGAUCCCAGACUGGGUGUAUGAGGAGGAGAUGUUCUCCUCCAGCCAGGGCCUGUGGUGGUCACCGGGGGGGAAGUACGUGGCCUACGUAGAGUUUAACGACACAGAGGUCCACACUAUAGAAUACUCCUGGUACGGAGACAACCAGUACCCCACCACUGUUUCCAUCCCAUAUCCAAAGCCAGGAACUCCCAACCCUGUCGUCAAACUGUUUGUUGUGGACACUGACAACACGGCGGCCAUUACUGAGGUCGUUGUUCCAGCUUCAUUCAGCUCAAGUGAGCACUACCUGGCCACCGUGACCUGGGUGACAGACAACCGCAUUGCUGUCCAGUGGCUGACGAGGGAACAGAACCACCUCAUCCUGAUGACUUACGACUUGAAGGGAUCCAGUUGGGAUCCUGUCCAGAAUCUGGAGUUGAGGAGUUCCACAGGCUGGAUCGGACGGUUCUCUCCAGCAGAACCUGUCGUCACUGCAGACAAGAACAGCUAUUACCUGCUGAUGAGUGACACUAAGGGGUACAAGCACAUCCACCACGUGGUCGGGGCAGAAGCGACACCAAUCACCUCUGGAGAAUGGGAAGUCAUUGACAUUCUGAAAGUCACUGCAGAUAGUGUAUAUUUUUCAAGUAACAAGGGUGGCAAGCCAGGACAAAGGAACGUCUAUGAAUGGACAAAACAAGCGACCAAGUGUCUGACGUGUUCGUUAAAUUUAGAAAAAUGUCAAUACAACUCAGCUUACUUCAGCCACAAUGCCUCCUUCUACCGAAUGAGCUGCAGCGGUCCAGGUAUUCCUUACCACUCUCUCAUGGAUAACAGGAAUAAUAAAGAGGUGAAGCCUCUGGAGGACAACAGUGCAUUCAGCAGCCUGAUCUCUGACAUCCGAAUGCCCAGCAUGCGCCGUGGAAGCAUCAGACUUUACGGAUUCGAUUUGUGGUACCAGAUGUUUUUGCCUCCCGACUUUGAUGAAUCCAAGAAGUACCCUUUACUGAUAGACGUUUACGCAGGGCCCUGCAGUCAGAAGGCAGAUUUCAUCUACAGGGUGAGCUGGUCCACUUACCUGGCGAGCACGGAGAAAAUCAUCGUGGCCAGCUUUGACGGAAGAGGAAGUGGUUUCCAGGGAGACAAGUUAAUGCAUGAGAUCUACAAACGUCUGGGAACCUAUGAGGUGGAAGAUCAGAUAACAGCGGCCAAGGAAUUCAUCAAAAUGGGCUUCAUUGACAAAGACAGAGUUGCUAUAUGGGGAUGGUCUUAUGGUGGAUAUGUGACGUCAAUGGCGCUGGGAUCUGGCAGCGGAGUUUUCAAAUGUGGGAUGGCGGUGGCCCCGUGUUCCAAAUGGAAAUAUUACGACUCCAUCUACACAGAGCGCUACAUGGUGACGCCCGCACAGAACCCUGACGGAUACGCUAACUCCACAGUAACUGCCAGGGCCAAGAAUUUCCAUUCAGUGCAGUAUCUCCUGGUUCAUGGAACAGCUGAUGACAACGUUCACUUCCAGCAGGCAGCUGAGAUCUCUGAGGCUCUGGUGGAGGAGCAUGUGGACUUUGAGGCUAUGUGGUACACAGACAAGGAUCACGGCCUCAGCGGCUCGGCCAAUCAGCACGUUUACACCCACAUGAGCCACUUCCUGCAGAGGUGCUUUGCCUGAAAUCCACUGGAUGAUCUUUUUCUCAAUGUGAAUGAAAAACUGUUUUAAUUGUGAAUGCAGGAGUGAUCAAUAUUGUUCUGAAUGUCUUGUCUUUUUUAAGUUUUCAUUUGGAACAUAAACUGGAUAAAGAGAAAGUCAUUCUAUGAAAUUUGUUCUUAUGUAUACUCAGUCGGAUAGACAUUCUUUUAACUUUACAAAGUGAUUUAUAUAUAUUUUUACUCGAUUUAUGAGAUAAGUGACUGUUUGAUGUGAUAAUUGUUUUCUAUAAUAAU